CGGCGCUUGGCUGUCAAAAUCACAUGGCGUCGCAAUGGCGCCGCAUAGUAAAACGAUAUUGGCGACUUAACGAUUUAACAAUGUUGGAUGAUGCAGUCGACAUCAGGAGAGACGAAUGGGCUAGAUUUUAAAGUCCGCAAGAUCUAUAGACAUCAUAAAGGCAAAUAGAUUAAGUUCAAAUGACUCCGAUCUCGAUUUGAUCGAAUUAAAAGGUCAUAACCACAACAUCUGUUGACGUUCGUGCAAUCGCACGCUUGAAGUAAAUGGCAAAAUGACAGGCACAGCUGACGAGAAUGCCACGAGGAAGGCGAAGAUUGAGAUCACAUCGUCGAGGAAACGACGCGCGACGCAACGAUUGUCCACUCAAAACGCGUUCCAAGACGACGAUGCAUAAAGUAACAUCAGAAAUAUACACAGAAAAUGAUCAAAUCUCUGAGGAGCUUGACAAUGGCAAUGCGGUAACUGAAUUCACUUUUAAAUGCCCAUCUUACAUGAUUGAGGCAGCAUCCACAGCCGAGCCUUUAAAUUAUGACAGUGACGAUGAUCUAGAUGUAGAUAGAGACAAAGAAGGAGUAAUUCUAAUAGAGCAUAGUGUAUCUACAGAGCUCAAUUUAGUCGGUUUACAAGUGUGGAGAGCCGCUUUCUUGUUAGCCGACUACAUUCUAUCGCAUCAGGAUUUGUUUAGAAAUCAAAUAAUUCUAGAAUUAGGAUCUGGGGUUGGUCUGACCAGUAUCGUAGCGAGUUACUUAGCUAAAGAAGUAAUUUGCACCGAUAUCAACGCAGGUGAUAUAUUAAAUCUAAUUGAACGAAAUUUUCUGAGGAAUUAUACGUACGUUAGAUCGGGUUUUCAUAUCGAGGAAGUGAAUUUUUUAAACUUAGAAUGGCCGAAAAAGUUGGAGGAGAAAUUGCAAAGCGCAAAUAUUGUAUUGGCUGCGGACGUGAUAUACGAUGACAAAAUCACGGAUGGAUUUGUCCGCACGUUGACGAAACUUCUAUAUACGAAAAAGAAAAAGAUAAUUUACAUCGCUCUCGAGAAAAGAUAUGUUUUCACUGUCGCCGAUUUGGAUACCAUUGCUCCGAUGUACGAAGAAUUUUUACGUUGUGUCGAAAAGUACAAAAUGAAUUGGUCUGUAGAUUACAUUAAUAUAGAUUUCCCGCGCUACUUCAAAUAUGAUAGAGUCAAACAUUUGGUUUUAAUGAAGAUACAGAACAAUACAAGAUCUGUUGCACAUACAUAACGAAUAGUUUUUUCAAUUAGAUACGCAAAUAAUAUAUUACGAUAACACAUAAUAUGUUAUCGUAAUUAUCAUAAAGUAUGACAAUAUUCUAAAGAGAAAGAGAGCUUGCCACAUUAAGAACAAGAUCUCUAGACAUAUUUAACAAAAUAUAGUAUCACAAUUAAUGUAAGUUGUAAAAAAUAAUUAUAUAUUUAAAACAAGAUUGUUUAAUGAACAUGUACGUUUGUCAAUACAUAAUACGAAACAAACGGUAAAAAUUUA